AUGCCCCUUCAGGACUGGACCGCUCAAGCAGUCAACUCCCUUGAUCAAGAAAUUCACUAACAGCACAAUCCUACAAUUCUAUUGCUAAAAGACAUCAAAACAACGCUAAAUGGCUUAUCUGUGGAUGCAGAUAGGUCACGGGUUGAAGCUGCAACUGCAACUAUGGAGCUUGGUACUGUGAGAGCCGAGCUUGCAAGGCUUGAAGGAACAGGAAAGGAUGGAAGAAUUAUUCCAGAUUCUACGGCUGGAAAGUCUACUCCCCGUACCGGAGAGUAUAUACAGGCUGAGAAGCGGAAGAGAAAUGAGAAAGAGGAGGCACAAGAGCGGAAAAAGAGGGAUUUCAUGAAAGAAAAUGGAAGGAGGAUGGGGAAGAAGAGGUCAUCAAAUGAGAAGGCUGAUGGUUAA